GAAACAGCUGUAAAAUUUAUUACAAAAAGGCGCUCGCCGGUUUAUGGGAGUUUUAGGCAAAAACGUCAAAUUAAUUUUAGAUUUUUCGGCUAUAGCAGUUUUGCUGAAUUGAAAUACAAUGAACUGCAUGAAUGCCUACUGUACACCUCUUAAGCAAAAUGCUGUUGUGGAGCGUGGAUUGGAUUUAAGGCUGCAAGCUGCAAAGGCCAAAUACUAUCUAAAAUGGGGCUCCGUUAACGUUAUUCUGUUGGCCAUAUUGCUUUUCGAUAUUUCAAACAAAUGCCCGUAUGCUGAUUCAAAUUGGUAUUAUGUGGAAUAUGCUGCAGCGGCGAUAGUGGGUCUGAGUGUUCUUGCUUGUUUUGGCAAGUACUUUGUUUAUGUUUUCAACACCCAGCCGGUGCAAGGAACGCAGCAACAGAAGAAUCUUUUGAGAUUUGACGACAAUGAUAAUUCUUUUAUUGCCAACAACCCUAAUAAGAAGAAGCAGGAUGGCCAGGAUCGUCAUGAGGCUCCUAAUAGUACUAUACUAAGCUGGCAUUCUUCGUUCAAUGAAUCUCGAGGACCAGGCUCAGCCAACUGGAGCUAUAGUCGCACUACACCUCCAAGACAAAGCCUGAGCCCACAACAAACACAACAUCAAAUGCAUAAUGCUUCCUGGAAUUCUUCCAUGUACAACAAUUCGAAUAUGAAUGCCAGCAAUGUGAGUACGAAUCUUUCGUUUUCAUCGCCAUAUCAAAAGUACGAAAGAGAUGAACUGAUUACAGAUGAAGUUAGUUUGCAGCGUUACCUGAAAGAUGUUUAUCGCAAGGAAUACAGCAUGACGGAAAUAGCAGACAUCAACCCAUCCUUCAAUGACGGUUCAAUCAAUUCAUUCUGGAGUUAUUGCAACUCGGCAGCAAAUCUGUUAAGAACUUCUUUAUAUCAAUUGGCGCCAUCUCCAGCUCCCACAACACAAAAUAAACAGAGCUCUAAAGAGGAAGGGGGCCUAAAUAUCGUCGAUAGUAACUCGGAAGUCAUCAAAAGAAUCUCUUCAGAGAAACUAGCUCAAUAUGUUGGGAAUUUGCGAACGUGGAUUUCGUUUACCAUUUUGCAGCGCCUAACAAAGGAAAUGGAACAUGUUGACUCUUCAUUUAAACAACGCGGAUUUCAUGAUAUGCAAAUUGGCAGCAUUGGCUUGGAGAGGUUAAAGAAAACCGUAGGAAACCAACAAUUUGUAUCACAACAUGUGCCAAUGCUGCCCAUGAUAGUGCCAUUUUUGGAGAUGUCAAGCAAUCAAGAAUAUUUGGUGAAGCGUAUAAAAGAUUUAGCUAAAGGUUCGUGUAUUGCCGACUACCGUUGGAAUUCUGGCUCCGAAUACCAUGGCCUUAAAUGGGACGAACACUUGCCCACUGAUUCAGCGAUUCUUUUCCAUUUGUUCUGUGUUUACUUAGAUACUCAACUCAUGCCGUUGCCUCAGGGCGGUGGUCGUCCUUUUUAUAGUCGCUACGUUAUCAUUGGCGAGGACAAGCGCUCUGCCAAAGAUACUGUGGCUUUGGUGCAAAAUAAGGCACGAUGCGCCAUACUAUGCUCCAAUCCUUUGAAGCCAAAAUUCAAUUUUAUUAGCGAUGGUGAAAUACACAAUUGUGCCUAUGACCGCAAUAAUCUUCUCUAUGUUAUCAUACAAUUUCUGAUUUAUAUGCGUUCGCAUCAGGAGAGUUGUUUGGAGGGCGUUAAUCUCGGCAAGAGUGGUAUUAACAUAAUGUGUGUCAUAGAAGACUAACGUGAUGAUGUUGGGUUGGUUUUAACCUUAGCAUAGCUGUAGUAUUCAUUUUCAUUUUUUAUGACACUGUUUUUUUUUUUUUUUGAUCGCAUUCAUUAUAUUUUGUAUAUUAAAUCAUCAACAUUAUCUUAAUAUCAAUAAUAAAUUUUGUAAAAUUAAAAGUUGGCUGUCCAA